AGAGGGAGGAGACAUGAAGGAAGAAGAGAAGAAACAGCAAACCAAAACGAAGUUCCUAAACACUUUUGCUUCUCUUUUCUCCUUCUUCAAAAAUCACUGCUUUACAAACCCUAACUCAUAUUGCUCUUUUUAGUUUUCUUUAGUCUCUCUCUCUCUCUCUCUGCAUCGAUCGGAUUCUAAAUCCUCUCGAUUAUUUGGAAGUUCAUGGUGGAAAUCUCGAGCUUGGGGGAAUCGAGGUUGUUUUGGUAAUUUGGAGUUUUUUCGAUUGUAGAUUGGGAUUUGGACCUAAAAGAUUCUGAAUUUGAGUUUAUUUAAGGUAAUUUGUGAGAUUAUUUGGUGGAUAUUUUAGCUGUGGCUGUGUGCUGAUUUUUUUUCUUUGAAAUUUAGGGGGGAGUUGGAAUUGGAUGGGGGAAGAAGAGGGAGGUGAAAUCCCGCCAAAAAGUGUGCAAUCUGAUACGGCGGAUUUUCCUUCGAAGAAGCUAGCAAGGCAGCUCGAUUUCACCGCUGGUUUUGGCGGGGUUUCUUCUGGAGAUGUGAAUUUGCCGGAACACCCGAAAUCCUCCCAAAGGAUAGGUGCGCCCUCGUCUUCGGCUGCAAUUACUGUGCAACUGCAACAGAUAAAGCCGCUAGUGGUAGCUACCACCCCUGUUAUCACUGCGCGACCUCCUCCUCUUACUACGGCCUCGAGCAGAGUUGUAGAACCAGAAUCCCCAAAAACAAAACCAAGACCAAAUGAACUGAAAGAUGGUACUCCAAAGAAGCAGAAGCAGUGCAACUGUAAACAUUCUCGGUGUCUGAAACUGUACUGUGAGUGCUUUGCAUCUGGUAUAUAUUGUGAUGGGUGCAACUGUGUUAAUUGUUAUAACAAUGUUGAGAAUGAAACUGCAAGACGAGAUGCUAUUGAAGCUACUUUGGAGCGCAAUCCAAAUGCAUUCAGACCAAAAAUUGCAAGCAGCCCGCAUGGCACACGGGAUAAAAGGGAAGAGGCUGGGAAAGUUUUAAUUGUGGGAAAGCACAACAAAGGAUGUCAUUGUAAGAAAUCUGGGUGCCUUAAAAAGUAUUGUGAGUGUUUCCAAGCCAACAUUCUUUGCUCCGAAAACUGCAAAUGCUUGGACUGCAAAAAUUUUGAGGGAAGUGAAGAGAGACAGGCUCUCUUUCAUGGUGACCACGCCAACAAUAUGGCAUAUAUUCAGCAGGCAGCAAAUGCUGCCAUAACUGGAGCUAUUGGGUCCUCUGGUUAUGCAUCCACUCCGGUGUCUAAAAAGAGAAAAGGCCAGGAACUGUUCUUUGGGUCAACCGCAAGGGAUCCAUCUGUUUCCAGGCUUGGAAGCUUUCCUCAGCCACAUCAUAUCAGAGCUUCUGCACCCUCCUCUUCCCUGUCUUCUCUACCAGUUUCUCGUGCUACAACAACUGCUGCAGUAGGCCCUUCAAAAUUUACAUAUAGGUCUCUGUUAGCUGAUAUUAUUCAAAAGCAGGACGUGAAGGAGCUUUGCUCUGUUUUGGUAGUUCUAUCAGGAGAAGCUGCCAAAACACUGUCAGAUCAGAGAAUCGUGACCAAAAAGCUGACAGAAGAUCUUGCAGAAACUUCCAUUGCAUCAUCCGCUCAAGACAGGCUGCAAAGCCAGAAGGAUUCUGAUGCCGAGAAAACCAUGGUUGAUGACUGUUCAAGUGCAAACCAGGCUGAUAAAGCUGGCCCUGAAGAAUGCAGUUCGGAUAGUUCUGAUAUGCCAAAGGGGCCUAUGUCUCCAGGAACUUUGGCCUUGAUGUGUGAUGAACAAGAUACAAUGUUCAUGGCCAUUGCUUCUCCUAAUAGGAUCAUGGCGCAAGGAUGCAGCACAUCUUCACAAUUGCCUCGUGGACAGGGCAUGACCGAGAUUUAUGCAGAGCAGGAAAGAAUUGUUUUGACAAAGUUCAGAGAUUGUCUCAAUAGGCUUAUCACUUUCGGGGAGAUAAAGGAAACACAAUGUUCGUCAUUAGCAAGAACAGAGAUAGGUAGUCAAAGAGGGCCCCAAAGCAAUGGCACUGAAAUGGCCAGAACUGAGACGGGGAACCAACAAGGAUCUGUUACCAAUGGAGCUGCGAAAAAUGUCAGUCCACCCACAGUCAAGACGAUCACCACUGGUGAUAAUGAUAUCCCUAGAGGUCCAUCCCAUCCUGAAAAUGGGGAUGCUAAAUCAAAAACCGAAAAAACAGAUGUAAAGAUCCUAAAUGCCGACAAUCAGUCCAAGGUAUGAUUCUACAGUUUCUCUGAACUAUUCCGACCAACCAUUCACUACCCACCUUCGGCUUUGAUUCAAUAUCAAAGUGAUUGUGGGCAUCAUUCUUGACCCUGACCGGUGCUCGAAUUAAUUUCUCCCAUGUUUGAAUUAUUUAUCCGUUUUCUGUAUCCGUGGCUUGAGCUCAUACCAUGCCCAUUCAUCAGUCCAUUCUUAAUUUUAGCAAAAAGGAAGGAAAAAAACAUUGGGGGGGGGGAGGGGAGGAUUUUAUAAUUCUUGAUGAAGUUUGUAGCUUAGAAUUCUAUUCAACAUAAAUGCCGAGUGCCGCUUUAAUCGGUCAAGGUCUUGUAGUAUUGAUGUUAUUUUCCC